AACUUUCCACUGAGGCUACAAGUGUUACAGGGUUUCCUGUCAUUGCUCAGCGGCUGCAUAAAGCACUGAUGCAGUUGACACUUACUGACCUUAGAAGUACAAGAUUCACAAAUACUUCACUUCAUGCACUCAAACAAAUAUUUGAAUCCCAGCAUUGAUCAUUACGAGACUGGAUCUGCAAGACACGAAAAUGAACAGCUGUGUCGUGAAACUCUGCAUAUUUCUGUUGCUUACAGAGGGUACUCUGGGAGCAGAGAUAACCAUCAAUGUGAGGAAGAGUGCUUCCCUUAUGUUUGUAUGUUACAAUUACGAGGUCCUAAGAAAGUGUUACUGCCCUUCAUUCCCUGAGGAUUGCCAGCACUGUACGCACUGGACAGAGCCGGUCUCUUUUUCGACAACUUUUUCUGACAAGUUUGAGACAUAUUUCAACUUGUCUGGACUCAAGCACAGUAACUCAGGACUGUAUACAUGCAGCGACAACCAAAGAAUUGGGCAAAAGUACAGAGUAAAUGUGUUGGAAGAACAAUACUCAACUGUCGUGAUUGCGACUGUGGGACAGUCUGUAGUUCUAUCAAGCAGCACUCAACAGGACAUGAUGGCCGCCUUGGAGAAACAAUGGUGCCGCUUGGACAACGCAGAUGUUUGUCAGCCAAACACCGUCAUGGGUCCUGAAAAUGGACCCAGUGGGGAUUUCCAAAUCCUGGCCACUGACAGCUCUUUCUUUCUGGAGAAACGCAACGUAACACACGGCGAUGCAGGAUCCUAUAGAUUGACACUGAUUUUUCCAAAUCAGACAAAGGUCUAUGUAGUAAACCUCCAGGUUAAAGAAAAAAGCAAUAAUUUGCAGAUCAUACCUGUUCGAGAUAAGGAUAAGACAGGAGAACGCUUUGAGAUCAUAUGCCAGUAUUCCCAGGAGUUGGAAAGUUUUUCAAAAUAUUGGCUAUGUGACAAUUUAGAGUGUCCUGACAACGUGACGAGUGUAGAUGAUAGAUUCAAGUCUGCCUUAGUGUUGACUCUUGAUCAUGCGCCUUGCUCCAAAAUUGAAGAAUUCAGGUGUGUGGCCAAGACAUCCGGGAGCAUUGUAAAAUCCAAUGUUUAUUUAAAACGUUAUAGCCCAACACCUGUUAAAAUAGACAUAGCUAAUUUAAGACACAAUAGAGUUAAGGUAAAUAUUUACACUCUACUUCAACUCAGUUGUUUUAGACCUAAUAGGUAUAUUUUUGAAUACAGAGAUAUACAUAGUUCACGGCAUUACGAUUAUCUUUUCAGUGCUUCUUGGUGUAAAGUCAGUGGCAACCAGUGUACUAGUGUGAUAGAGAAGACACAAAAACAAAUUGACGCAGUCAUAUUAGAAAUGUGUGUCACGCCAAACAAUAAUGAAACAACAUAUCGCUGCAAGUUCAACACGGGGACUUUGGAUGUUACAGUUUCUGUUGUGGGUAUGUACAAUAUUUACUUACUUUUUUGUCUUUAUUUUUCUCUCCAAAGAAAUAUAUAGCAUAUCUGUUGUUUUUGCUCCAUUGGCAAAACGUUUGUGACAGAUGAGACGUUGUGACCAAAUCGAAGGUCAAAACUAAUACUAAUAAAUACUAAUAAACUAAUUUAAUAUGCAGUGAAAACCAUAUAGAGAAAAAUGUAUCAAAUAAAAUU